AUGUCAAUUACGCGAUUGCCGUUCAGGGCGCCUAUAGUAGCGAGUAGAAAUUGCAUACGGUGCUUCUCCUCGGGGCCCCAGAAGAAAGAUGACGCCCUCCUCUCCAUCCUCGGCGGUAGCAGUGCUGCCCGCAAUCCCUCCACCAACCAGCAGCGGCCAGGCGGCUCGUCCCUGGCCACGCGCUUUGCCCGAGAAGCUGGCCUUGACCGCCCAACCCAGACACGGGAGAUGAUCGAGUCGGAGAAGAGAAGUCAGUUCCAGCGCCAGAUAUUCCGCAGAUGGCAGCCUGGGGACGUAUAUGCACCGCAUGAUCUGUCGGGCUCGGAGCAGAAGAAGUGGAAGUUUGGGAGAAAGAGGCCUCAGGAGGAUGCGUUCGAUGUGCUGGGUAUCAAUCCCGUCUUGGAGUAUAAGAACUACACAAUGAUGUCCGAGUACAUGACCGAGAUGGGACGAAUAAAGCACUCGAAAGACACCGGACUGCGGCCGAAAAACCAGAGGAAGAUUGCAAAAGCAAUCAGGAGAGCAAUCGGGCUGGGUCUCAUGCCCAGUGUGCAUAGACAUCCACUGGUGCUGAAGAAGAGCUCGCCCGCAAGGUUUUUGUAA